AUGACUACUGGCAGGAUCAACCAGGUAGCAUUCCUCGCGGACGGGCCGGCGCCGCACGGCCGGGCCGAGGCGGCGGCGGACGUCGCUCGCACGCAGCCAGCGUCGGGGACGCCGCUGCGAUUGAAAUCGGGGCACAUGGGCGCCGGGGGGCGCCCUGCCCGCACGGGCUUUCCGCAUCCGGGGGGGACGGGCGUCGCCCGCGCGCCGGCCCCCCGCGUUGCCCGGGAGGGCGAGCGGGGAGCGGAGCGCGGCCGACGCUAUCGGGUCCGCCCGACGCCGCGGCGCCCCUGGGGGCGAGCGGCGGGGACGGAACCGCAAGUUUCGAGCAACCGACUUCCUUCGGGACAGGCACGCAGCGCAGAAGCCAACCUCGGACGGGCCGAUCGCCGACCCGAGCCGACCGAACGAUGGGGCGAGCACGGGGAGCACCGUCGCUGCACGAGCAGGGACCCGGCGCUCCCGAGCACGCCGAACGCCACUCACGCGCCCAUCCGCACGCACGCCCCGGAACGACGGCCAUCGAACGCGCCCCGGGAUCGGGGUCCGAUCGAGUGCCGGCGCGCCCGGGCGGCCGCAACGAGCACGGAUGCAAUCGAAUCGAGGGACAUUUUCGAUAGGCGAGGCACGACACGAGCGCACGACGACGCCCGAGGGGGCAUCCCGCACGCCGUCCGUCCGCCCGCCCAAACACGCCAUCCGUCGCCAAAAGGAGCGCUCUCCAGCCCGUCGGCCCCCGAGCGGAAGCCGGCAACGCCCGUGGUGCGCCAGCCCGACGCCCGGACGGGCAUCAAGCUCGCUGCACGGCGCAUGCCCGCCCCCGGCUCGGGCGUCCAACUACCGUCGCCGAAUGGGGGGCGAUCCGGCACGCCAGCAUCGGCCGCGCCCCCGACCGACCGCCCGUCGGCCCCCGAGCCGGAAGCCGGCAACGCCCCGUGGUGCGCGAGCCCGACGCCCGGAGGGGCAUCAAGCUCGCUGCACGGCGCAUGCCCUCCCCCGGCUCGGGCGCCAUCGUGCGGCCCGUCGUCCAACAUUCCGUCGCCGACAACCCCGGCCGCCCCCGUCGCCGGAGGCAGCUCGGGGUGG